UGUAUCUCCCUCUCAGCGCGACCAUGGAGCUCGGCUUCCGCUACCUCGUCCUCGCCCUACUCCUCGCCUUGGGCAGCAACAUUGCGCCGGCGAGCGCCGCCGGCGGGAGCUGGCAGCUCCUGCAGGACAGCGUCGGCGUGUCGGCGAUGCACAUGCAGCUGCUGCACAACGACCGCGUGAUCCUCUUCGACCGCACCAACGUCGGCCCGUCCAACCUCACCUUCCCCGCUGGUCACCCCUGCCGCAGCAACCCCCAGGACCGGUGGUUCCACAACAGCACGGACUGCACCGCGCACUCCGUCGAGUACGACGUCGCGUCGAACACCUUCCGCGCGCUCUCCAUCGUCACCGACACCUGGUGCUCGUCGGGCUACGUCGCGCCGGACGGUACCCUCGUCCAGACCGGCGGGUGGGAGGACGGCAACCGCAAGGUGCGCCUCAUGCCGGCGUGCACCGGGCCUGACACCGCGGGUGCCUGCGACUGGUCCGAGAAGCUGGCGGACCCGGACGUGCUCGCCGGGGCCCGGUGGUACGCCACCAACCAGAAGCUCCCCGACGGCGGCGCCAUCAUCGUUGGGGGCCGGGACCAGCCCAACUACGAGUUCUACCCAAAGGCAGGCCCUUCCGCUACCACCUUACUGCCGCUGCCGUUUUUGUCUGAAACUGACGAGGACAGCAAGUACCUGUACCCUUUCGUGCACCUCAACGUGGACGGCAACCUUUUCGUCUUCUCCAACAACCGUGCCAUCCUAUUCGACUACAAAAGCGGCAGCGUCGUCCGAAGGUACCCCACGCUCGGCGACGGCGCGCCGAGGAACAACCCCAACGCGGGCUCCUCGGUGCUGCUCCCCCUGAAGCCCGACGCCACCGAGGCCGAGGUGCUCAUCUGCGGCGGGGCGCCGGCGAGCUCCAACGACGCCGUGGAGAGGGGGCAGUUCCCCCCGGCGCUGAGGACAUGCGGCCGGAUCAAGAUAACCGACCCUGACCCCGCGGCGGCAUGGGUCAUGGAGGACAUGCCGUCGCCGCGGGUGAUGGGGGACAUGAUCCUGCUGCCCAACGGCGAGGUGCUCAUCAUCAACGGUGCCACGGACGGGAUCGCCGGGUGGGGGAAAGCCAACACUUUCAACCCCACGCCCGUCAUCUACCGCCCGGAUUCCCGUCGGAGCCGGUUCGAGGUGCAGAGGCCGGCGGGCGCCCCGCGGCCGCGGAUGUACCACUCCUCGGCCGUGCUCCUCCGCGACGGCCGCGUGAUGCUGGGCGGCAGCAAUCCGCACGAGGGAUACGUUUUCCGUAACGUCAAGUACCCCACCGAGCUCAGCCUCGAGGCCUUCUCGCCGGACUACCUCGACGCCUCCGACGACGAGCGCCGCCCCAACAUCGUCGACCCGUCGCUGACAGGCGCGCCGGUGAACGUCAACUCACGGGAUCAGCUGAUGCUACCGUUCAGGGUCCCCGUCCUCGACCCCGUGGUGUCGGUCACCAUGGUCGCGCCGUCGUUCACGACGCACACGUACGCCCAGAACCAGAGGCUGCUGUUCUUGCAGGCCCAGGUGAACAAGGCACAGCUCCCGGGGGUCGGCGGUGCGAUACUCCCGACCGACGCGUAUGUGGCGACCGUGACGAUGCCGACCAAUGUCUUGGCGCCGCCGGGCUACUACAUGCUGUUCGUCGUGAAUGGCCGCAUUCCCAGCCAGGGUAUCUGGGUCCGCAUUCAGCUCCACCCGACGGAGACAGAGGUGCUCAUCUGCGGUGGCACGCGGAACACCGCCGCCGCCGCCGUGGGGAGGGGUCAGUCCCCCGAGGCGCUGAGGACGUGCGGGCGGCUCAGGAUCACCGACCCAAACCCGUCGUGGGUCGUCGAGGAGAUGCCGUCGCCCCGGGUGAUGGGGGACAUGAUCCUGCUCCCCAACGGCGAGGUGGCCAUCAUCAACGGCGCCACGGAUGGGAUCGGCGGAUGGGAGUCCGCCAACACCUCCAACCCCACACCCGUCAUCUACCGCCCGGACCUUCCCGUCGGGAAGCGGUUCGAGGUGCAGGCACCAGCGGGCACCCCGCGGCCGCGGAUGUACCACGCCUCGGCGGUGCUCGACCGCAACGGCCGUGUGAUCGUCGGCGGCAGCAACCCGCACCAGUUCUACGAGUUCAACAAGAAGUUUCCCACCGAGCUCAGCCUGGAGGCGUUCUCGCCAUACUACCUCGACGCCGCCAACGACGGUCUCCGUCCAAACAUCUUCGACCCGUCACCCAAGGACGGGCCGGUUCACGUGGCGUACGGGGGCCAGCUGAAGCUGAAGGUCUUUGCACGCGUCGGCGUUCCCGGGUCGGUCACCAUGGUGGCGCCGUCGUUCACGACACAUUCGUUCGCCCAGAACCAGAGGCAGCUGUUUCUCCAGGUCCAGGUGAAGCCUGUGCAGGCAUUCCAGAUGAACGGCGGGGCAGCGACGCUGUUUCCCGGCGUCUACGAGGCCACCGUGGUCAUGCCGGCGACGCCGGUCUUGGCGCCGCCGGGCUACUACAUGCUGUUCGUCGUGAAUGGGCGCAUUCCCAGCCAGGGGAUCUGGGUCCACAUACAUUGACAAGCGAGGGGAUUCUAGAGUGAUUAUUUCGUUCCAUUGGUUUAUGAGCUACCCAUCCUCACUGAUUUGAACCAUCCUAAUCGGAGUUGUAAGAAGAAAAUAUUUUGCGUGUAUCUUGUUUCUUCUCAUGCAUAAUGUAAUCAUCGAAAUAUAAUGAAUUUUAAUGA